UUGCUAAGAAAGGUGUCCUGAUUACUCUCACCAAUAUCCGUGUCCCUUUUUUAGAGGAGCUCCAUGCACAAGGAAGAGCAGGGGAGGACGCACAGAAAGAGACCCUGAAGAAGAUUGAGGAACUGCUGGCACAAAGAAGAGCUGAGGAAGACGCAGAGAAAGAGACUCUAAAGAAGAAGAUUGAGGAACUGCUGGCACAAAGAAGAGCUGAGGAAGACGCAGAGAAAGAGACUCUGAAGAAGAAGAUUGAGGAGCUCCGUGCAAAGAAUGAGACUCUGAAAAAGGAGAAUGAGGAGCUCCUGAAGCAAGGAAGAGCACAGGAGGAUGCAGAGAAAGAGACUCUGAAGAAGGAGAAUGAGGAGCUCCGUGCCAAGUAUGCACAAUGUCAAGAGCAGAUAGAGGAGCUCCUGAAGCAAGGAAGAGCACAGGAGGAUGCAGAGAAAGAGUUAUUGCGUGCGCAAAGACACAAAGUUGAUGUCACCCUUGACGCUGACACAGCUCAUCCUAGACUGCAAGUGUCUGAAGAUGGGAAGAGCGUAACAGACACCGGUGUGAUCAGAAAGGUGCCCAGCAAGGAGGAGAGAUUUGAUUCCCACACUUUUCUGUUGGCAAAGGAAGGUUACACAUCGGGGAGACAUUACUGGGAAGUGGAUGUUGGAAAGAAGCGCAACUGGAACUUGGGUGUUGCCCGAGAGACUGUGACCCGGAAAGAGACAGUGGCUCUGUCCCCAGAGAAUGGUUUCUGGGUCAUAGGGUUAGCAGAUGGGCAAGAGUAUUGGGCCCAUUCAGAUCCUUGGACCCGUUUGACUGUGAGUGGUAGGCCACAGAAGAUUGGGAUCUUCCUGGACAUCUCAUCCAAGAAGCUGUCAUUCUUCAGUGUUCAUCAGAAAAAGCUGGUGUACACUUUUAGCUUUGUUAAUCACCACAGCCAGAAUGUGAGGCUUUUUCCUUUCUUCUCAACAGGUUCAGCUGCAACCAAUUCUGACACUGAGCCUCUAAGAAUUGCGUGGGGGUUUGAUGAUGAUGACAAAUGAAUGGUUGAAGUGAAAAUGCGCGGUUAAUUAAUGACUAAAAUCCAGAGUCUGAGGUCAGAGUACACUAUAUUCAGCCCCAUGCGUUGUGCCACCAAGUUGAAACAUAAAAAUCUUUCACCAUUGUUUGAUAAGCCUUCCGUGAGCCAUUUCUGUAGGAAAACUCUGACUUCAGGCCACUAGUCAACAGGUGGAAAGAGCCUCCAGGUGUUUCUAUGAACCUACACAAACGUUUUCUAAGUGCAGGAACUGAUCACUAUUGUUUUGUGUGUGUAUGCCUGUGUAGAGAUCAUUCCAUCAGAUGUGAAGAUGAGUAUGAAUUCUUUGUCUGUGCACUGGUCAUCACAGGAAACAUUCAUGACACUUAUGUGCAAAAGUUGGCUAGUGUGCUAGAAUGGGAGAGCUUUCUGAUGAACUGAAAUCACACUGCUUAAUAA